GGAAACCCAUGCCAAUAGAGAAGAAGUUGGAGUGCACACUUGAAAAUUUAUACUUUGGAUGCGUCAAAAAGAUCAGAAUUACGAGAGACGUUAUCAAGCCCCCUGGGGUUAUCCUCCAAGAGGACGAGGUGUUACAGAUUGACGUAAAGCCAGGAUGGAGAAAAGGAACGAAGAUUACCUUCGAGGAAAAGGGUAACGAGGAACCUGGAUACCUCCCUGCUGAUAUAAUCUUCUCAAUUGAAGAAAAGGAACACCCUUUGUUUACCAGAGAUGGUAACAAUUUGGUAGUGUGUGUUAAGAUCCCCCUGGUAAACGCACUCACUGGCUGUUUAAUACGAGCUCCUCUGAUUGGAGGGGAAACGAUGAAUGUGUCAUUUGAGAAUAUUGUCAUAUAUCCUGGAUAUGUGAAGGUCAUUCAAGGUAAAGGCAUGCCAGAUCCCCAGCAUAAUGGGAGGAGAGGCGACCUCCAUAUCCAAUUCCUCAUCAACUUCCCUAAAACAUUGACUGAUGAACAAAAGCAAGAAGUUGUUAGCAUUCUACAGGAUUGUAACUGAUAAGGUGGUGGAUAGACUUGUGAAUAAUUUUGUUUUGUUCUCAAUCUGAUGUUUCAUAGGGCUAAUAU